AUGGUCAUCGUUCAGAUAAAAUGGAAUAAACAGGUCUUCCCUACAGAGGUGUCUGAGGACGAGACGGCGCGUUCACUCAUGGAGCGUUUACAGAAACUCACCGGGGUACCGUCCGAGCGCCUGACGCUGCUGGGCCUCAAGCGCGGGGCAGUGCGUGUCCACACUGCCGGUACGCUUGCUGCACUCGGCCUUCAGGACGGGUGUACGGUGAUGCUGCUUGGAACGCCUGUGUCAGCGGGUGCGGCUGCUGUCAGCCAAGCGGUAGCGAAUAGCCCGCUGUCGCCCGAGAAGGCUGGUGCUGGGGUCACAGGGACAACUGCCUCGGGUGCGUCUGCAACUCCCCCGCUGAAGCAUGUGCGGCGGGGGCUUGCGAACCUCGGCAAUAGCUGCUACGCGAACGCUACGAUUCAGUGUUUAUUGCAGGUGCCUGAGCUGCGCGACUACCUCAGAUCUCGCGUUCAGAGCAGCGCUUCGUUGGCACCAGCGGUGACGACUGCUGACGCGGAGCACCGAGUUGUCAUGGCGCUUGCAGCACUUGCAGAGACGCUUUCAUCACCGAACGCAGUCCAAGGCUCGUCUGAUAAUCCCGAGCGCUUCUAUCCACAGGUGGUCAUGGCUGCUCUGCGGAGCGCGUAUCCCCAGUUCGCACAACGUGACAAUCACGGUAUGUAUAUGCAGCAGGAUGCGGAGGAGUGUCUUUCACAGAUUCUCGGCGCUCUGGCGCGCAUGGAGCCACCUACAACCGGAACAAAUUGGGUAGAUGCCACUUUCGGAACGCUGAUUGCCUCAACCGACCGCUGUGACGAACCGAAUGAAGUAUCCACGGCGUGCACGCCCGUUGUCAGUCACGAGUGUUUACGACUGCUGCCGUGUCAUAUCAGCAAGCAGGUGAAUCAUCUGUCGGAGGGCAUCCGCGAAGGCCUCGAAGGCUCCAUCGAGCGAUACGUGGACUCGCUGGGUCGAACCCUGAACUGGAAGCGGGAAUCCCGAAUCGAGCGGUUACCACCGUACCUCAUUGUGCAUUUCGUGCGUUUCUUCUGGAAACCGGUUGAGAAAGUGAAAGCCAAGGUUUUGCGCAAAGUCGUGUUUCCGCUGAUACUCGAUACGUUGCCAUUCUGUACGGACAGCUUGCAGGAUGCCCUCCGAGCAGCUCGAACGCCAACCGCCACGACAGAAGCAGACGCGGAGGGUGCCCUUCAAGACGCUCAGGUCGGUGGUAGCAGCAGCAGCAGCAGUAGCAGCAGUGGAAAACCCGACACACCGUCCGGACUGUAUGAAUUGUUUGCUGUGCUCACGCAUCAAGGACGAACUGCGGACUCGGGCCAUUACGUCGCAUGGGUACGUGAUCCCGAGCAACCCCUGGAUCGCAGUGUUUGGCUCAAGUACGACGAUGAUCGUGUUGAGACUGUUACCGAGGACCAGAUUCUUCGACUCUGUGGAGGCGGCGACUGGCACAUGGCCUACAUAUGUUUUUAUCGAAUGAGGCCUGGACCAGGCACCAAUGAAAAACGCUAG